CAGAGCGGUGAAUUUACAUCAGAGCUUGACACAGGAAGGAUGCGGGCGGCUGUCUGUGUGUAUUGUCACAACUGAAAGCUACAUGUGUUACCUUUAGAGAAUCAACAGAAAAGAGCACGGGGAUAUAUUAGGCUCAAACAAACUAACAGAAAGGCUUUUUUAAUUGCACCCGGGGGACAGGCUAAAACCACAAGCUGCAAAGUGCAUGGAUCACACCAUUAAACAAUUACCUCCUAUUUGGCAACUGAAGUGACGGCCAUCAAGACUGGACUGAAUCGGGCUGAACAGAAUCUGGUUGAACCUUAUAGGACUCGUUAAAAGAAAAAACCCUUUUAGUGAAACCACACGACCAGAUAAAAAAGAAUUGUAGAACUGGGUUUGGGAGUUGUGCAUACAAAGAUGCCCAUCUUAAAGCAGCUGGUGACGGGGUCUCAGACCAAACGGCGCGCUCGUAUGGACCUCACCACUGAGAUGAUCAGCGCUCCCUUGGGUGACUUCCGGCACACCAUGCAUGUAGGGCGCAGCGGGGAAGCUUUCGGAGACACCUCUUUCCUCAGCACACGAUCUGGAGAGCCAUCCCGAGAAGGACACACCUAUCCUCGCUCUCCGAAACCGGGACUGCUGUCUCGUACCUUCCGGGGCAGCAAGCGCUCUCAGUCCGUCACCAGAGUAGACCAGCAAGGCAAUACCCUCCUUCCUUCCAGUGGGUCACCUACCUUUGUGAAGAAUGCCAUGUCCUUGCCCUUUCUAAACAAUGAAGAAGGACAGGAGGGAGACGAGAGGGUGCUCAGGAGCUUGACCUCCAGCCCCUCUAAUGGGGCCUCUGCUGACGCAUUGGACCUGGAGCUCCAUGAGAAGCACUUUGGGGUGUUGACAGACCUGCGACCUUCCCCAACUUACAAGGGGGGAAGAUUGAAGAAAGCUGAAUCUGUGAUGUCAUUCCAUGUUGACCUUGGGCCCUCAAUGCUGGGGGAAAUCCUGGGGGUCAUGCAGAAGGAAGACGAUGACCAGGGAUUUGAAGAAGGCAAGAGCAGUGAGGGACGUGCAUCUCCUCUUCCCUGCAACCACGGAGGAGUGGAAAUAGAUGAGGAAGCGAGGGAGGUUGUUGUCAAAGAAGAGGAACCAGAGGGGUUAGUUGCACUUGGCGAGGGUCCCGUGAGGGCUCCAAGCUCUGUUGACUUGGACAUCCAGAGUGAAGGCACCAGCACCCCAGAACCACACCACAAAAACCUGCAUCACCUAGACAGCUGCUCAGUUUCCAGCUCAGGUUCAGCCGCCGUGGAGGAGAAACCAACCAGUGAGCCUUAUGAGGAAAAUAUUGGAGUUACCGACAAUACCUGCAACCCAGACAAUGAACCAGCCUUCUCCUCCUUCAUGGAAGAUGAGGAUGAUGAGAUCAGAGUAUGAAACCCUACAAUCAGUAAACCUUUCUGGGGAAGGAGAGCUAAAUAUCUCAGACUAGAAUUUGACAUUGUGUAAAGAGGAGAAAUGCAAAAACGGUGUGUAGAUGUAAGCACGUCAAAGCUGGACAGAUUCCUCAGGUUCCUGUGUCCCUGUAGAGAUAAGUUGGGGAGACUGCUUUAUCUCAGACACCAAAGCCAUCUGUCACACUACUGACCCAUGCUAAGAUGAACAGCUGGAUGUGUUCAGUCCGAAAGGGACCUGCCACAAAUUCCACUAAUUGAUCUGCUAAAGAAAAGACAUGCAUAUGGGAUACAUACGUCACAGAACCGGUAAACUACACUUGCGCAAGCAGAUGCUAUUUUUAAGCCAUUCUCCCAAGGUCCCAUGCGGGGUCCCCAGAGUUGUAAACAAGAAAUAUCAGGGAUUUUAAAAUAAAUGUAAAGGUCAUUGAUUUUUUUCAUGUUAUUCUCAGCUUUAAAACACUUCAUUCGUGAAAAAAUUUGUUUUGUGCUCUCUAUAAAAUUGUUUAAAAAAUCCUUAUCUGGUAAUCAUAUGCAACUGGAAUGGUCAUGUAAAUUCACUGAUCAAAAGAUGUGGGGACCCUGCCCAUGACUUGGUGCCUAAAGAUAAUAGUUAUUUUGAAUUAGAGCACUAGCGUAUUAAAGUAAAUCGUUUGAUUUGUUCAGUGGCCCUCUGCAUAAAG